AUGUUAAAAGAAUACAUGGAAACACUGAAUUUAGGGGAUUUACCUUCAAAAUCAUUUUAUAAUAAAUUCGAUGGGGAAGAAGAAAGCGGUUAUUGUACUACUGGGGACGUGGCAACAGUAAAGGAUGAAAUAGAAAAAAUACUAGGGACACAUGACUGUGAUGUUCUCUAUGGGGAAGACGUUGAGAAGAUUAUCCAUGCUUGGUGUUAUGUGGCUAAGGGGACGGAUGACGAUAAAACGUCGUAUAAGGACCAUGCUAAUUUUUUCUACUUAUGGUUGGGAUAUAAACUAAUUACGGAGAGUGGAUGUACUAAAUCAUUUAAGGACAUUAUGGAAGACAUUUACACUAAGCUGAAUAGUAAGUAUGGAGGUGAUAAGUGGGAACUAAACUACACGAAUAAUGAUAACCCCAUGUUCACUGUGAAGAAAGCAGUAUAUGAAUACUCCAAGGACUACCCAACUAUAGAAUCCCAAUUGAAGCCCCAGGGGACUACCUGUGAUACGCAAUAUUCCCUUUAUUUGAGGGGAGUUGUUCCAGCAUUUAACAGUGUACGUACACAAUGCACAGGAGGUAAGAGGAGUUAUGGUGCAUAUUGUGACGAAUUUGAUAGAAUGUUUCCGGGAGACAAACACGACAAACUGAAACAAUUAAAAUGCAAUCCUGCCACAGCAGUCAAACCUGCUACAGCAGCAAAACCUGUAGCAAGUUGCACGGGAACCUGGAACCCAGGUUCUUCUGGUUCAGCUUCUGAUGAUGGGGGUUCACUUCUGCGAAUAUUAAAUUCAAGGAAAGCAUAUAAUAAAGUGCAAGCAAAUGGGUGUUUCUGCAAUAAUGAGGACGACUUUGAUAAAAUGGACAAGACAUGGUGGAAGAGUUCUCAUAUUGAGAAAUAUAAAGAGGACAUUAUAAAGGCCUGGUGCAAUACGCAAGAAGACAGUAUAAGGACGGCGCAUAAUAGUGAUGGUUGCUAUUCCCUUUAUUUUUGGAUUGGGGAUAAAAUAUGGAACACUACAAUAGAGAGUAAUUCAUUUUCAAGUACCAUGGAAACAAUUUACAAUGAACUGACGAAGAUAAAGGUUCAACAUCAGUGUAACAAUAUAUACCAGGACAGUAAUAUUAUGAAAAGUCACUUUGACCAGGCAAAAACAGUACAUGAUUACUACAAGGACUAUACAACACUACUAGGUCAUUUAAAUGGUAAUAGAGCAUCCUGUGAUCCAGAAUAUGAACGCCAUAUACAGAAAAUUACUGAAGCAUGUAAAACUGUAGGGGAAAAUUGUCCAAGUGGAAAUAGUAAUAAUGAUCCAUAUUGUACCUGGUUUCAAAUGAAGAAUAGUGGAGGAUAUUGUAACGACGACAAGCUAAAGGAAUUGCAGUGUAAUACAGGAGCUCUAGCAGCAGAUACAGCAUUCCAAUUGCAUGGAGUUACUUUUGCGGGUCAAGGACUUGGAGCUGCGCGUAAUUCUGAAACUAAGGUAGAACAACCUCCUUCGGCAGAUGCAACGCCCUCUGUAAAUAUUCCUGCUAUAUCGUCUGUAUUCUCCGUAGGUGGAAUUGCACUAGGUGCCGCCUUAUUAUAUAAAUACACUUCCUUACCUCACUGGAUAAGUAAUACCUUCUUUGGAAACAAUGGAGGCAACAGAAAAAGAAGAACACUAGAACGUAAUUUCGACACAUUCGCUGAAGACACCUCAACAUUAUAUACCACAGACACUUCCACAAUAGAUGGUAGAACAGAAUAUUCUGCCCCUUACACUACUGUACGGUCAAGAAGAGGAAGAAAUAAUAAACGAGAGAGAAAUAUACGUUAUCAGAACCUGUGA